AUGUCGACGACCACCACCAAGAACAAAUACUCGGUCCUCCUGCCCACUUACAACGAGCGCCGCAACCUGCCCAUCAUCGUCUGGCUGCUCAACAAGACCUUCACCGAGAAGUGAGUACACCCACCCACAGCAGCAAUUCCGCGCCACGUCGCACACCGUGUUAUUAACUCGGGCCACACUCUCCCAGCAACCUGGACUGGGAAAUCAUCAUCGUCGACGACGGCUCGCCCGACGGCACGCAGACCAUCGCCCACCAACUCAUCCAAGCCUACGGCGCCGCGCACAUCCAACUGCGAACCCGCGCCGGCAAACUCGGCCUCGGCACCGCGUACGUCCACGGCCUGCAAUUCGCCACGGGCAACUUCAUCAUCAUCAUGGACGCCGACUUCUCGCACCACCCGAAAUUCCUACCCCCGAUGAUCGCGGCGCAGCAAGCAGGGGACUACGACAUCGUGACGGGCACGCGCUACGCCGGCGCCGGCGGCGUGUACGGCUGGGACCUGAAGCGCAAACUCGUCAGUCGCGGUGCGAAUCUGUUUGCGGAUACCGUGCUGCAGCCGGGCGUGAGCGAUCUGACGGGCAGCUUUCGGUUGUAUAAGAAGGCGGUGCUCGCGGAGGUCAUGGCGCGGACGGAAUCCAAGGGGUAUUCGUUCCAGAUGGAAAUGAUGGUAAGGGCCAAGGCGAUGGGGUUCAAGGUGGCCGAGGUUCCGAUUAGUUUUGUGGACCGCUUGUAUGGGGAGAGUAAGCUGGGCGGGGAGGAGAUUGUGGGGUAUCUGAAGGGGGUGAUGAGUCUGUGGUUGAAUGUCUGA